AUGGCUGACACGAAUGGAAACGGGACAAGAGAUGCUGGCAUUACGGAUUCGGAGCACUUUUCGCCGUACAGAGCAGACGGAAAAUUGGUAUGUCCGCAGUACAUCCUUUUCGUUUUACUGCAAUGGAUUGAAAAAGGGCUGGAAGCGAGAGCGACUCAACCCGUAGGAAAAGCAAUCGUCGCUGAGCUUGCAGCACACGGCGCAGCAUGUAUAUACGCGUGCUCCAGCCUCCCUUCAGAACAGUAUACCGAACUCGCCGACUCAAUAAAUGCACAAUACCCAAACACAAAAGUGAUUGGCUACCCCUACAAGAUCAAUUCCGAAGAAGAUACCCUCGCCCUAAUCGACGAUGUGCUGAACUCCUGGGGUCGCCUCGAUGUCUGGACAUCUUCUACGGGUCUACUAGGACCCACAUCGAUCAAUCAGACAGGUCCGAAAGAUUUGUACGCCGCAUUUGAUACAAAUGCCAUGCCUGCUUUCUUUGCGCUCAAGUAUGCGCCCGCUGCUAUGCAGAAGACGACGCCCAAGGGGAGUUAUCCUAAUGCUGCGCCAAAGGACGUUCCGUAUGGGAGUAUCAUCGUUGUCACCAGUGUUGCGGGAACGUAUGGCGGGUGCUGGGCGCCUGCUUUUACAAUGGCUUCGCAUGCUGCACUUGGUGUUGUGCGCUCUGGUGUGCUGGUGCUCAAGGGGACUGGCGUGCGUAUCAACGCUAUUACGGCUGGGCAGAUUGAUGUCGGCGUUGAUCUGAAGGAUUGUGGUGUCAAGGAGAUGGCGCAGGGCCAGUUCCCGCCUGCUGCGCUGCAGGGAGAAGAAAGUCAGAAGAGGACGAUCGGAUUGGAGAGAGCGGGGAGGCCGGAGGAGGUGGGCAGGACCGUGGGGUUUUUGGCGAGUGGGUUUAGUAGCUAUAUCACGGGAGCUGAGCUGAGAGUCGAUGGCGGAGCUGGGGUUAUGAAUCCUAUUACUGUUCCUGUCUAA